CUCUGCAACUGCAAGGAGCCAAGGAUCAAGCUUCGUGAAGCUAUUUUCGUAUCUGAGAUAUACAGGAAGACGGAGGAAGAAGAAGAGGAAGAAGAAGAUGACAGUUUUCCACUUCUUUAACUGCGCAAUUCUUACUUUCGGGCCACACGCCGUCUACUACUCGGCUACUCCUUUAUCUGAAUAUGAUACACUUGGUACAUCUGUUAAAACUGCUGUUGUAUAUCUUGUAACAGCAUUAGUGAAGCUUGUAUGCUUAGCAACUUUUCUGAAGGUGUCCGAAAAUGAUAGCUUUGAUCCGUAUCAGGAAUCGUUGAAAGCUUUAAUUGGCUUUAUAGAUGUUGCGGGGCUUUACUUUGCUCUAACGCAGUUGACACAUAGGAACAUCUCUCAGAAUCAUAAAUUUCAAGCUGUAGGUCUUGGUUGGGCCUUUGCUGACUCUGUUUUGCAUCGGUUGGCACCACUUUGGGUGGGUGCUAGAGGACUAGAAUUUACUUGGGACUACAUUUUGCAAGGCUUGGAAGCGAAUGCAAACCUUGGUUUGAGUAUUUCUCUUGCUGCAUUGGGAUCGUUGAUGUGGCUCCGUAAAAAUAAACCCAAGACUUUGAUUCCCAUAAUUUAUGCCUGUGCAGGAAUAGUAGCAACAAUGCCUUCAAUCACAAGUUAUUUGAGGAAAGGUUUGGGGUGGCAUUUACCCAAAGUUGUUGGCUUUGAACUUUUCACAUCUCUAGCGAUGGCUUUCAUUAGCUGGCAGUUAUUCUCGGCAUGUCAACGACCAUCCAACUGAGGUUUACUCGAUUAAUUAGUGGUUUCGAUGAGCAGUUCUAUAGAUUGGAGAUUAUUAGUUCAUCUGUGGACAGGUGAUGUAAAAUUACCCAAAUUUUUUAUCAUCCAAUUCGUUUUUGGUUCCAACAUCUCCUACUGAGACUUGAGGUUUCUCUAAUUUAUUUGAAAUCUGACUUCAUAUCUUAACUUGUUACUUGCACUUUCAACAUCAAAGUACAUUAUUUAUAACAAUUUCAAGACCCUUUAUGCCUGUUUCUCUUUA